CGCUCCCUCCCGGGCUGCGGCUGCUGCAACGGCGGCGGCGGCCGUAGCCGUCCCGAGGCCGGCGUCGAGAGACAGCACAGGCUGGCCCUGAGACAGGAGCCUAGUCCCGUGGGGCCUGCAGUCCAAGUCCCUGUUCCCUUCUCACACCAAGCCUGUCUCCUCUUCCAGGAUUUGCUACUGUCUCUGCUGUUCCCUCCUGCCCACAGGGGCCCUCUCCCCUCUGCCCCCUCAAGAUGGCAGCCAGCCCCUCCCAGGCCUCUGAGAUGAAGGGGGUAGAAAAGAGUCCUGAGACCCGGGGAGAAGGGCCCAGCAGUUCUGAAGCUGGAACUGGCCCUUGUCCAGCCCCAGCAGGGGUCCCAGGGCAGCCAGAGGCCCUGCAUCUGGGCCCAGGCGCUAAUGCAGCCUCUGUGGACUUGAGCCCCACGGCUGAGCUAGUUCCAGAAACCACAGAGACCCACAGUGGGGGCCCAGAGACAGCCCAGACUACAGAGGCCAGCUUAGGCCUGGGAGGGGCAUCAGAGGCCAACUGCAGCCCUGAAGAAGCAUGCCUGGAGCCAGCAUCCAAAGCAUCAGUGAACAAAGAGGCCCCUGCAGACCAGGGGUCGGAGCAGGAGCCUGCAGCCCCACCUGAGCCAGCCCCAGAGCCUGCUCCCAAGCCUGACCCCCAGGCAGACCCCCAGGCAGCUUCCCAGCCCACCCCUAACCUAGCCCUUCAGCCAGAGCUCCCUACCCAAGAGGACCCCACUCCUGAGGUCCUUACCGAGGAUGUGGGGGAAAAGCAAGAGAAUGGGGCAGUGGUCCCUCUGCAGGCUGGUGAUGGGGAAGAGGGCCCAGCCCCCCACCCUCACUCGCCCCCCUCAACAAAAGCCUCCUCAGCCAAUGGGGCUCCUCCCCGGGUGCUGCAGCAGCUGGUCGAGGAGGACCGAAUAGGAAGGGUUCACAGUGGGCAUCCAGGAUCUCCUCGAGGUAGCCUGAGCCGCCACCCCAGUUCCCAGUUGGCAGGGCCUGGGGUGGAGGGGGGUGAAGGCACCCAGAAACCUCGGGACUACAUCAUCCUUGCUAUCCUGUCCUGCUUCUGCCCCAUGUGGCCUGUCAACAUCGUGGCCUUCGCUUAUGCUGUCAUGUCCCGGAACAGCCUGCAGCAAGGGGACGUGGAUGGGGCCCAGCGCCUGGGCCGUGUGGCCAAGCUCUUAAGCAUCGUGGCACUGGUGGGGGGGGUCCUCAUCAUCAUCGCCUCCUGCGUCAUCAACUUAGGCGUGUAUAAGUGAGGGGCUCUGCCCUGCAUCCCAAGACUUUUCUUCCUGUUGGGAGCAGCCGUGGGGCCAUCCCUCCCAUGGGGAGCCUGAUCGAUGGCCCUGGCCCCCAUCCCUAGGGACCAAGGGAGCCUGAGUGGACUUGUUUACAGCUUCUUUCCUGCUCCUGCACCCUGCCAGGCUCCUCUGUCAGCCGUAGGCCUCCCUUCUCCCUGCGAUUUCCAGCUCCCCGCACUUCUGCCUGCUGAUACAUCCCCUCCAGCCUCUUGGCCUUCCUAACCCCGCACUUCUGGAAACCUCUGCACAUCUCCCAGACUCCGUGCUCUCAGCCCCCCACAUCUUUUCCAGCCUCCCUGCACUUCCAGUCUCCUGGUUUCUCUGAACUUUAAACCUGGCCCCCUGCUCCAACUUCCACUGUCUUCGCAUCUAACCCAUCCCUCUCCUCCUUCCUUUGAUCAGCUGUACCUCCUUCCUCUUUCUGCCUCUUCCUCAUUCCUUAGUAUUCUCUUCACCUUCCUGCCACCAUUUGUUCUGCAAGAUCUCCAGCCCUUAGAUCAGGCUGGGGAGGUGGAGCAGCGUCCGGAGAGGGCUGCCUAGCCCCGGGCUCCGACUGUUCUCGCUGGGGGCCCGGCCCACCACCCUGCGCCUUUUGGGUCGCGGAGCAGGCAAGCGAGCCUCUCCUGGAGACUCGUGCUUGCGAGGGAGUCCUGGUUCUGAGAGCCCGGGGGCUGGGGGGCGCGGCGCUGCAGGUUCCGUGGAAGGUUCGGAAGAUCAGACCCGUCCACGUGAGCUUUUAACUUUAGAGUUUCUCGCUCGAAGGUAUCGGGAAGGGGUGGGGCUCGAGCCUUUCACAAGCUUUGUAACGAAAGGGAAAAAAAAGGGACCAAAGCUCCCAGCUGCAGGGAGUGACAGAGGAGUGGGGAGGCUAUAUAAUUAUUUUCUAAGAGGACCAGGGUGGUUUGUUGCACGCGACAGCCUGCUGAAGAGGCAGAGGCAGCUGCGACGCGGUUCGGAGUUGCAGUCGUUUUCUAAAAAAAAAAAAGUUGGGGAGAAAAAGUAAAAUUCCUUUAAAACUAGACACAUAAAGCCGACUUUCCCCUUUUGUAUGCUGGAUGCUGCAUGAGUCUGAAACACCAAUAAACGGAGAUUGCAUGAGA